CGUAAUAGUAAAGAGAAAGAUUUUUUGGAAGGAAACCAUGCAUACUGUGAGUUAUCGAGAAAGAUUUUUUGGGAGUAAUAAACUUGCAAAAAAGUAGGAGUAGGAGGUAGGUAGUUAUAACACUAAAAAUUAAGAGAAAAUUAAUAAUGUGAGGCAAAUUUUUGAUCAAAUCAAAGAAUUGGCCUGUUGUGCAUAUGCAUAUGCAGUGGUGGGUCUGAAGCUAAGAAGAAUGAAGAAGAGGACGGCGGAGGUUGUGAUGGCGGUGCUGGUGGCGGCGGGGACGGCUAUGGGUCUGAGGAUAGACGUGAGAUCGGGGACGUCGAAAUGCGUAAGGGAGGAGAUGCACGUGAAUAGUAUGACGAUCGGAAAGUACUCCAUCGUCAACCCCAUCAUCCAUCUCCCCCCUCCCAUUUCCCACAAGAUCACCGUCCGGGUGACGUCUCCAUUGGGGCAGUACUAUCACUAUGCGGUGGACACGGACCACGGCAACUUCGCAUUCACGGCUGCCGAGAAAGGGGAAUACAAAAUCUGUUUCUGGGCUGCCCAACACAUUCCCCCCGCCACCGUUUCCGUCGACUUCGAAUGGAAGUCCGGUUACGCCACCAUCGACUGGUCCAAAAUCGCCAAGCGACGCCAAAUCCAAGGGGUGGAGUUCGAGCUCAGAAAGAUGUUCGACACCGUGUUAACCAUCCACGACGAGAUGUACUUCCUUCGCGAAAGGGGGGAGGAAAUGCAGGCACUGACAAGAUCAACAAACACAAAGAUGGCAACCUUUAGCUUUCUGUCUCUACUGGUUUGCAUGUCUGUGGCUGCUCUUCAGAUUUGGCAUCUCAAGAAAUUUUUUGAGCAUAAAAAACUCGUAUGACGACGACGUUUUUUGUUUUUUUUUGUAUUUCUUUAAUUAAUUAACCUUUUAUUUAAUCCAAAUCUACGUAUUUUUGUUCUAUCAAAUACGGAGUCCCAUAGUUUGAAUUCCAAAUAACAAACGGAGCCUAGUUUAAUUUGGAUACAUAAUCCUUCGGUAUAAAGUUAUAUCCACGUCUUUUUUCCCCCGAAUUAGUGUAAUAAUCAACUGAGGAAAGCAACAUCAUUCUCUUCGAACCUUGAUCGAAUUCAAACGAACACAGGUCGUCACUCUUUUUGAACACCUUAAAAUGCCUACCCACAAAAUAAAGGAUUGUCCGACUU